AAACCUUUAUUCUCUCUCGCUCUUGCAAUUUCCGAGCUUAUGAAAGAAGGAACUACGAUCUGAUACAAUAAACGAGAAGCAACUGUCGAACAGCCAUUGCUUCUUGAGUUAAGAAACUCUAAAUUGUUCAGCCUCGGAACCUUUAUCGACUCCGACCUUUAUUUUAUUCUCAAGUCGAUGGGUUCAUUUCGGAAAACUUACAAUUGCUGAUGUGUUCUUAUAGACGCAUUGUAAGAGUAUCACUUGAACAUCGCUCAUAGAAAUGGCAUCUCUAUCAACAACCUGGCUAUAUCAAGAUAGAGGACUCAAGUGUUUGUUCUCUGUAAAUGGCUCUCUUGCUGGGCAAUCCUGUUUUCAAUACUUCCAGACAUCAUUUGUAGGUUCAUUUUCUGCUCAAAGCGUGAAGGUUAGGGUUGGAGUCAGCAGUAAUGGAAAGACAAAUUUGUUUCCUUGUGUAAAGUGUGUUAAGAAGGAUGGUUCUUUCGAUCCCUUGUCUGUUGAGCGUCCCCCAUAUUACAGUUAUAUGGACUCCACAUCUGGACAGAUGGAACCAGCUUCUGGUGCUCGUGCAAGUAUUCCUGGGCAGGAGUACUGGCCUGAAGGCACAGCUAACCGUGUUAGGGCUGCCAGGGCUCCUGAACCUACUGCUAAGUCCAAAGGGUCACCAUCAUAUGGGAAAAAUCCUGGAAGCAGAAGGAAAAAGUAUAAAACAGGCAUAGUUGCUGCGGGAUCUUCAGAUGGCAUAUGUACUGUGGAAUCUUCAGAAGGUGAUGGAACUGUGGGGUCUGCAGAACUGACUAUAGACACAAGUGACCCAGCAGCUCUUGAAACUUCAGGUAAUGUUACAGAGGAGCCUAAAGACCUCUCCACUGAUUAUGUUGUAUAUGGGACAGAGCCUGAGGAAGAAAACUUCAGUGAUUAUGAAUUGAAAAAGAAACUUGGCGAGCCUCACCCAUUCAUUGAUCCAAAUGCAAAGAAACCAACUGAGGAACCUCUGUCAAGUGAAGAACUAUGGUGGAACUGGAGAAAGCCUGAAAAGGAACUAUGGUCAAGGUGGCAGAGGAGGCGCCCAGAUGUUGAAACGGUGUUUGUUAAAGCUAUGGCAGAGACUGGGCAAGUAAAGCUUUAUGGGGACCAUCCAACAUUAACUGAGACUAAUCUUUACCGGGCAAGACGGCACCUCUAUAAAGAAGAAAGACUACAAGCUGAACAAGAGAGAUUGGAAAGAAUAGGUCCCAUGGCAUACUACUCGGAAUGGGUUAAAGCAUGGAAGAGGGACACUUCACGGGAGGCUGUGCAAAAACACUUCGAAGAGACUGGUGAAGAAGAGAAUAUGCAGCUUAUCAAAAUGUUCCAGCAUCAAACAGAUAGGGAAUAUCGUAUCAUGAUGGGCACAGAUGUCCGUAUUCGCCGAGAUCCUUUAGCAAUGCGAAUGAGAGGGGAUCAAAUAAAGGAAAUAUGGGGUGGAGAUCCAGUUUAUCCUACAGUAAAUUACAUUCAGGAUCCAAAUGAAGUGAUUGACUACAGGGGCCCAGAUUUCCAUGAGCCAACACCUAACAUGCUUGCUUAUCUUCUGGAGCAUGGAAAAAUCACACCAAGAGAGGAGAUUGAGAAAGUUCUGGCCAAACAGAAGAUUGAAGAACAUGAGUUAACAGAUGUGGAUGAAGCUAUGGCACAAGCUGUGGACAUCGGUGAAAAUGAUGAUGAAGUAGAGGACAGUGAUGUUGAGGGAGUGGAUGAAGUAGAUGAGAAGAUAACACGGAAUUGGAGUGUGCUUAAAAGUAAUCCUGAGCUUCGCAAAUCAAAGGAAAAACCAAAGAAGGAAGAUCCCUUGACUCUAAAGGAGGCUGUUGAGGACUCCGAGAACUUGACAGAUUUUCUUAUGGACUUUGAAGAAGAUGAAUAAAAAUUCAACUCCAUUUUGAAUCCUAUCACAGCAAGAUUUGGAAAUUCGACAAGUAGAAGAUUGUCUGCUGAAAUUUUUGUGGGGGCAGAGCCAGUCUGUCGAAGCUUAGGGUAAAUAGCGCCAAAGUGAAUGGUAGGAUCAGAAUAUAUACUCUACUACUUCUUAGACAUGAACAGGUUAAGCUCUAUCCAUUGAACACCCCUCUUAUGUGGAUCCUGUGUGUUCCCAAAAUUGCCUAUCUAUUUUGAAGGGCACUGGUUGGUAGUUGUACCAUGUAUUGAGUGGUCCCAAGCACGUUUCUUAUUCUUUUUGUGUACUAUCAACCUGUUCAGGAAGAAAGUCCAUCUAUGGAUGACUGAGAUCAA